UCAUGUCCUGCAGCGGGUGGAGGAAAACGUACGGAGCGUCUUCGGUCAGAUUCAGACCGCAGACGUAGAAACCAGCUGGAAGGCAAACAGACAGUAGCCUGAAAUUGCUGGCCAGCCCACUCUGGUCACACCACUGUCUCCACCUUCCUGCCCCACUGUGGAUCACAUUAUGCUGUAAUUAUAUAAAGCCGAUGGACUACAGCGCUCAGUAGACACUUCUGGACUCAGACGGCAAGCCGACUACUCCUCUGACGCCCAGAACAGAGGGGAUUUGAGUCAAAAUGGUGGAACGCUACGACUGCUCGGAGUGCCAAGAGUCCUUGUAUGGACAGAAGUACCUGCUGAAGGAGGACCUUCCGUACUGCAUUAAGUGCUAUGAGAAACUUUUCUCCUCCAACUGUGAAGUUUGCCAAAACCUCAUUGGCUGCACAAGCAAGGAUUUGUCUUACAAGGAUCGUCACUGGCACGGCGAGUGUUUCCUCUGCAUUAAGUGCAACCAGUCUCUGGUGGAUCGGCCCUUUGCCACCAAGGAUGAUCUGCCGAUGUGCACCGACUGCUACAGCAAUGAGUACUCUGCCAAGUGCCAUGCAUGUUUGAAGACCAUCAUGCCAGGCUCCAGAAAGAUGGAGCAUAAGGGCAACAGUUGGCACGAUAACUGCUUCUCCUGCAACCGUUGCCAGCAGCCCAUCGGCAUCAGAAGCUUCAUCCAGAAGGACGCCAGCUACUACUGCCUGCCCUGCUAUGAGAAGCAGUUUGCUCUGAAGUGCAUCCACUGCAAAUUGCCGAUCAUCCAUGGCGGGGUGAACUACCGCGACCAGCCCUGGCAUAAGGAGUGCUUCCUCUGCACCGGAUGUAAGCAGCCACUGGCCGGCCAGCGAUUCACCUCUCGGGACGACUACGCCUACUGCCUCAUAUGUUUCUGCAACCUGUUUGCCAAGAAGUGCGCUCACUGCACCAAGCCCAUCAGCGGUCUCGGGGGCAGCAAGUACAUCUCAUUUGAGCAGCGCCAGUGGCACAACGAGUGCUUCAACUGCAAAAGGUGCUGUGUUUCCCUGGUGGGUCGAGGUUUCCUGACCAGCGACGAUGACAUCCUCUGCCCCGACUGUGGCAAAGACAUGUGAGCAAACUUCCUAACGCUGGAGAGGAGCCUUGAGAGCAGAGCGGCUGCCUCCUAAAGUUGCAAUAUCGGUUUGAUUUAUGAGUUUCUCACACAUUAACUUGCUUCUACCGUGUUUUCUGCAUGCGCUGAUGAUUAUGUGUUUUUAAGGAAUAAGCAGAAACCUUCAUUCCACAGUUUCUGUUUUGCUGUCAUGUGAAGAAUCCUUAUGAGUAGAUAAACUGUGCACCUCGUUUUGGAAUGAAAGCGUAUCUGGCCUCAAGAUGAAUGUCUCUGAUGGAUGUUUCAGAAGCAUUAAAGGGGAACUUCGGUUUUUUUCAACCUGGGGUCUGUUUUCAUAUGUCAUUUCAUACAUGUGAGUGAUGGAGAAAGGAAUU